CCCCAGUCCUCAACUCCUGCCCCUUUCUCUAUAACAAAGGUGUAUUUAGACCCAGUGGGAUGUUGGAUCUCUUCCUUCAGUACCAAAGCUGGACUUACAGUCAUCCAGUUGCUCCAUACUGUGUCUUCUACUGAUGGGACUGGAUCUCCUAGGACUGCCGGGGGUCCCUACAAGCUGUUGCAGUGUGGCACAGGGGUUCUAUAUUCAGAGAGACAUAGGUGGGGUUUGGGUGGAUCAUAGCAAAGGUUUUGGCAUACUGGGGUGUACCAGGGGCACAGCUGUGUGUACGCAGGCCAUUUUUUUCAUUGGGGCUCCAUUUUACUUGGCAGGCCCCCCAUCCAGGGGGUCUAGAUGAUCAGUUGGCUAAUAAACUUCCCUCCCCUGGUAGUGUGGUUGGACCCAGUGGAGAUGCUUUAGAUAGACAAGCCCAAGUCAGUAUCAGAACUGCUCUUUUUGAUAAAGUUCUUUCAGUAAAUUUCAGAGGGAGAGUUGGGGAGCCAGGAACCAGUGGUAAGGAUCUGGAUAUACAGGUGGAUGCUAGGGAAAGCAUGGAACCAGGACUCAGUGGGAAGGAUCAGGUUAUACAGGUGGGAGCUAGGGAAAGCAUGGAACCAGGACUCAGUGGGAAGGAUCAGGUUAUACAGGUGGGAGCUAGGGAAAGCAUGGAACCAGGACUCAGUGGGAAGGAUCAGGUUAUACAGGUUGGCGCUAGGGAAAGCAUGGAACCAGGACUCAGUGGGAAGGAUCAGGUUAUACAGGUGGGAGCUAGGGAAAGCAUGGAACCAUGACUCAGUGGGAAGGAUCAGGUUAUACAGGUGGGAGCUAGGGAAAGCAUGGAACCAGGACUCAGUGGGAAGGAUCUGGAUAUACAGGUGGAUUCUAGGGAAAGCAUGGAACCAGGACUCAGUGGGAAGGAUCAGGUUAUACAGGUGGGAGCUAGGGAAAGCAUGGAACCAUGACUCAGUGGGAAGGAUCAGGUUAUAUAGGUGGGAGCUAGGGAAAGCAUGGAACCAGGACUCAGUGGGAAGGAUCUGGAUAUACAGGUGGAUUCUAGGGAAAGCAUGGAACCAGGACUCAGUGGGAAGGAUCAGGUUAUACAGGUGGGAGCUAGGGAAAGCAUGGAACCAUGACUCAGUGGGAAGGAUCAGGUUAUAUAGGUGGGAGCUAGGGAAAGCAUGGAACCAGGACUCAGUGGGAAGGAUCUGGAUAUACAGGUGGAUUCUAGGGAAAGCAUGGAACCAGGACUCAGUGGGAAGGAUCAGGUUAUACAGGUGGGAGCUAGGGAAAGCAUGGAACCAGGACUCAGUGGGAAGGAUCAGGUUAUACAGGUGGGAGCUAGGGAAAGCAUGGAACCAGGACUCAGUGGGAAGGAUCAGGUUAUACAGGUGGGAGCUAGGGAAAGCAUGGAACCAGGACUCAGUGGGAAGGAUCAGGUUAUACAGGUGGGAGCUAGGAAAAGCAUGGAACCAAGACUCAGUGGGAAGGAUCAGGUUAUACAGGUGGGAGCUAGGGAAAGCAUGGAACCAGGACUCAGUGGGAAGGAUCAGGUUAUACUGGUUGGAGCUAGGGAAAGCAUGGAACCAGGACUCAGUGGGAAGGAUCAGGUUAUACAGGUGGGAGCUAGGGAAAGCAUGGAACCAGGACUCAGUGGGAAGGAUCAGGUUAUACUGGUUGGAGCUAGGGAAAGCAUGGAACCAGGACUCAGUGGGAAGGAUCAGGUUAUACAGGUGGGAGCUAGGGAAAGCAUGGAACCAGGACUCAGUGGGAAUGAUCAGGUUAUACAGGUGGGAGCUAGGGAAAGCAUGGAACCAGGACUCAGUGGGAAGGAUCUGGUUAUACAGGUUGGAGCUAGGGAAAGCAUGGAAACAGGACUCAGUGGGAAGGAUCAGGUUAUACAGGUGGGAGCUAGGGAAAGCAUGGAACCAGGACUCAGUGGGAAGGAUCAGGUUAUACAGGUGGGAGCUAGGGAAAGCAUGGAACCAGGACUCAGUGGGAAGGAUCUGGUUAUACAGGUGGGAGCUAGGGAAAGCAUGGAACCAGGACUCAGUGGGAAGGAUCAGGUUAUACAGGUGGGAGCUAGGGAAAGCAUGGAACCAGGACUCAGUGGGAAGGAUCUGGUUAUACAGGUUGGAGCUAGGGAAAGCAUGGAAACAGGACUCAGUGGGAAGGAUCAGGUUAUACAGGUGGGAGCUAGGGAAAGCAUGGAACCAGGACUCAGUGGGAAGGAUCAGGUGAUACAGGUGGGAGCUAGGGAAAGCAUGGAACCAGGACUCAGUGGGAAGGAUCUGGAUAUACAGGUGGGAGUUAGGGAAAGCAUGGAACCAGGACUCAGUGGGAAGGAUCAGGUUAUACUGGCUGGAGCUAGGGAAAGCAUGGAACCAGGACUCAGUGGGAAGGAUCAGGUGAUACAGAGAUGAUGGGGGUCAUAGAGUCAGUAUGCAGUUGCCUCUUUCUUUGCCCUGCCCUGGAUUAUCUCUCUACAGUAAAUGGCCUAAUCCCAUGUCAGGCAGCAGAACCAAGUAUGUCCUGUGGGCCCAGUUGAGUGCAACUAUGUCUC